ACCAACCGAUUCUCCUGUCUCUCUAUUACACGGAAAAUAAAUAAAUAAUUUUGUUUUUAUAAAAAUAUAUUAAUUACAGAAAAUAAAAGAUAAAAAUCGAAAAAGGAAAGGAAACCAUAAAUAAACUUCUCUCUCUCUCUCCAGUUGCGUCGUCCGUCAAUCUCUUCUUUCUUCCCAGACAUUGUUUUGUCUGUAUUAUACGAAGAUGUAUGUACCUGCAUUCCCUUGUUGAUUCCCAAGUUAGGGUUUGUACUUCUGCAGAAGGAAGUUGGGUGAAUGUGGUUUUAGGGCUUUCUAUACACGUAUUAUUCUGACAGCCGCUGCAGUAAUGGGUUGCGGUAGAUUGUGAUGAAAAACUGGUUUCAAUGAAAUGGGUUUGUGUGAUAAUUCGGUUAUAGUUGAAGAACCCGUUUGCGUGUCACUUUCCGGGCAUAAUUUGUGCUCGGAGAUUCUAGUGCAAUCUGUUUCCGAUCAGCACUCUUGUUCGAAGCUUUCACACCAGUUAAUUACAGAGGUGUGUACUGUUAAAGGAGAUAUGUUGGAAGGGGAGACUGAUAGUACAAAAGUAAUGCCAUUGGAAAAUUUGUCUAAAAAUAACUCUGGAGAUGAUAGAGGUUGUUUGAACAAGACUGAUAGUACAAAAGAAAUGCCAUUGGAAAAUUUGUCUAAAAAUAGCUCUGGAGAUGAUAGAGGUUGUUUGAACAAGAAUGACAUUGGCGUAGAUGUUUGUACUUUGGAACAGGGUCGGGAGUGCUCAAAGGUAAACAAGCCACAGGGUGAAGAUGGCUUGGGAAAUCUUGUGGGGGACUGUGAGACACCCAUUGAAGUCCCUGGUAUCCCGCUAAAACUUAGCAGAGAUCAGCAGGUUGAUACCACACGGGAGCUUAUUGUUAAUGGAGAUACGUUGGCAGAGCAUAAUCAAAAUAAAGAUGCUUUUCCAUUGGAGAAUACUUCGAAAAAUGACUACGGGGACAGUAAGGCUUUUACAAAUGAGAGUAACAGUGAUGCUGAUGUUUGUUCCACGGAAACGGGUGGGGAAUACUUCAACGAAAACAAGCCACACAUUGAAGAUGGCCUGGGAAAUCUAGGAGGGGAGUGUCAGGUAUCAUUGGACACUAUAUCUGUUAGUGGUUUGUCAAUAAACUGUGAUCAGCAGGUUGAUACUACACAGGUGUGUGCUGUUAAUGGUACAUUGGCUGGGGAUAUUGAAAAUGCAUGUGUUUUGGCAUUAGAUAAUUCUUCAGAAAAUGACCCUGGAUACAGCAGGGUUUGCUCGAACGACAAUCUCAGUGAAAUUGGUGUUUGUACUAAUCAAAGGGGUAGGGAAUGUUUGAAGGAAAGCUGUGCACAAGGUGACGAUGUCUUGGGAAAUUUAGUACACUCGGGAGUUAUAUCCGUUACUAGUUUGCCAAUAAACUGUGAUCUGCAGGUUGAGCAGACCAUUGAUAAAAAUGACAAAUAUCUUUCUGUGGAGGUGAUUGAAGAUAAAGGUAAUGAUGUAGCUGAGGUGAACAGUGAUCUGUGCGAGCAGGAAUCUCAAUUACAUGGUUGUGAAAGUUUAGAAUCGCUACCCCAGAAUGUUGUGCUGGGUAACAGUCACAAACAAAAGGAGGACUUUGAGAGUGUUUCUGUUUCAGACUUGGAAAAUUUAAGCGUUAAAAUUGUCGAUUCUGUUGGGUCAGAAGAUGACACGUGUAACAUGGUUUCACCCUUACAGCGGGGUGGAAUAUUUUCAGAAGCAUCAUGUUCAGGUGAAGAAGUGAGUAAUUGUGACUUGAAGAAGGAUCAAAAUAAUUGCGUCAGUUGUAUUUUGGCAGAUAGUAGUAUAACUGAAGCUGUUCAAAUGGAAAGCAACCAUGUGUCUCUUUCCACAAGUACGGACAGUAUAUACAAGAAUGAGUCACCAAGUAUUUUUGUCCAACAGUGUGAGCAGAUUAGUGACGGGAGUGUUGAUACUCCCCCUACUAAACAGGUUAUGGAGUUUGUUGAAGAAGAAAGUGAUGUAACUUUAGAUACAAAAGUUGUUGGGCGAAAGAUGGUGCCUAAUGAAGAAAUUGCAGGCAUUCUCAAUGAAAACUCAUCCUUCAUGCCGUCCAAGUGUGUACUUGAAAAAUCUGGUUCUUUCCAAUCUUCUCAACCCCUGGGUGUUGUUAAUGAUGACUCUUCUGGAAGGUUGGAUGUGCCAGACCAACUUGGCAGUCACAUGUAUGGUCCCAUCAACUCUAGCAGUCCAGUAGAGAGGUAUAGUCAAACAGAUUAUCCAGGAAAAGAUGAUGAGAAAAUUGAUUAUGUUUCAGAAACCAAAAGUUUUGACAUGGUAUCAUCAACUUCUCGAAGGAAUAGCAGAAAAGGUGGAUCAAUCAGAAAAACUUCGACAACAAAGACCCCUAGAAAAGGCAAAACCAAAGUACCAGCUCCAUCUAGAUGUAUUAAAAUUGCAAUCCAGGGAAGGAAGAAGAGAAGUUGUCUGUCCAAAUCAGCUCGUUCAUCUGCUUGGGGAACAUUGGGAAACGUUACGCAACUCUUUGACAAUAGUAAUCAAGUCAAGCUCAUUAAUCAAGGAUCACUGAAAGCAAAUGGUGGAAAGAAAAGUGGAAAGCAAAAAAAGAAAGGGGCUACAAUAAGAUCACAAGGUUCCAAGAGAAAAUCUGGUGCUUUAAAUACUAAUAUCCGUUUGAAGGUUAAAAUGGGGAAAGAUGAAUGUCAAAGCUCUAUGACUGCCAUGGUUCCCGAGGUUGUUGAUACUUCAGCCUCAUGUACUGCCAAUGGUUGUGAUAUUGGUGCUGAAUUGUACUUUGAAUCAGCAAAAGUAGCUAACGAUGUUGAGGAUGACUGGAGAAAAGAUGAGAUUGCCACACAGUUUAAGUGUUUAAGCAAUAAUCCAAGUGAUUUUUUAAAUGACUUGGAGAGCAAUGUGGUCUCAGAAAUGUCAUCUAAAAAAGGGGGAGAUUAUUUUGGCGUUUCCCCCCAUAUGGUUGAAUCAUCAGGAGGGGCUGCGGAUGACAGGUGCAAAGAUCCUGGAACUUCACCCGAUUCCGAAGUUAUUAAUUUAACCCCUGAUGCUCGUGUUGAUUUUAAACGUCAUGAUGACUUCCAAGGUGCAGUUACUUCUCCGAAAGAUCUUGCCACUCCUGGAGAUCUCACCAGCAAUAAGAAUGCGAAGAAGAAAAAUAAGCUUUCUUUAGGUAAUAAUAUUGAAGAAGAAAAAUCACUUAAUCCGUCAAGAACGGUCAAAUCUAAAUCAUUAAAGCUAUACGUGCGAAAACAAAAUAGUAAUAAUGGCGUUAGCUCUAGUGAGAAUCUUAUUUCAUCAGUCAGAGCAAAUGCUUCAAGCAAUCCAUCAAGUGAUAUGGAUUUAUUGCACUUGUCAGAGACUGCUGCUGCUACUGUUUUUGCUGAGACGUUCCAAGUUGAAAGUGGUACAAAAGUUGAAAUACCCAGCAAUCAAGAUACUGGUGCUGAUUUGUCAAAAUUACAGAAUGGCAAAAGUUCUAUUCUUGAUGCUAAGACUAAAGGUCACAAAAUUCGCAAAGGCAAGUUCCAGGACUCUGAUUCAGGAAUUAAAAGUUUCAAUGUAAGCCAGAAGGCCCAACGAAGGUCUGUUGGUAAGAAGAAUACCAAAGAGAAGUCUGUUUGUGGUAACGUUACUUGCAAAGAGGAAAGUCAACCAGAAACAGGUGUCCAUGUCGGAGAUGGAAAAAUGAAUGCCAACUCUGGUGAAAAUGUGCCUGGCUUAGAAACUAAGGCGAACAAGUUACCAGGUUUUACUGGGGAGCAGUAUCUUCCUUUACGUAAUGCUUGGGUCAGUUGUGAUAAUUGUCAUAAAUGGCGGCGCAUACCGGCUGAAGAUGCAGAUACUAUAGAAGAAAUAAAGUGCACAUGGACAUGUAAGGACAACAUGGAUAAAACCUUUGCUGAUUGCUCAAUCCCUCAAGAGAAGUCAAAUGCAGAUAUUAACGCAGAAUUGGAAUUAUCAGAGGCCUCAGGGGAAGAAGAUGUCUCUGGUACCCUAGUAAAUCAUGAGGUCUUAGAAUGCAAGCGUCCAAGAGAUCCAAAAAAGACUGCUGCAUGUGUCAGUAUUAGGACUAAUCAAUAUCUUCACCGUAGUCGGAAAACACAGACAGUUGAUGAGAUGAUGAUCUGCCAAUGCAAGCCACCUUCAGAUGGCCGGUUGGGUUGCGGAGAUGAUUGCCUGAAUCGAGUGCUAAACAUUGAAUGUAUGCAAGGAACCUGUCCAUGCCGAGACCUUUGUUCAAAUCAGCAGUUUCAGAAACGCAAGUAUGCCAAACUGGAGAAGUUUCGUUGUGGGAAAAAAGGUUAUGGGCUUAAGUUGCUUGAGGAUAUAUCCAAAGGACAUUUUCUUAUUGAAUAUGUUGGGGAGGUGCUUGAUAUGCAAUCUUAUGUGUCACGGCAGAAAGAGUAUGCUCUGAAGGGUCAUAAACAUUUCUACUUUAUGACACUUAAUUGCAAUGAGGUCAUAGAUGCAUGUGUAAAAGGAAAUAAAGGACGGUUUAUUAACCAUAGCUGUGAUCCAAAUUGUCAGACAGAAAAGUGGAUGGUGAAUGGAGAGAUUUGUAUAGGACUCUUUGCCUUGAGAGAUAUAAAGAAGGGUGAAGAAGUGACAUUUGACUACAACUAUGUCAGGGUAUUUGGGGCUGCUGCCAAAAAGUGUUAUUGUGGCUCUCCCCAAUGCCGGGGUUAUAUUGGUGGUGAUCCUCUUAAUAAGGAGGAUGGUAGUCAAAGUGGUUCAGAUGAGGACUUUCCAGAAACUCUUAUGCUUCCUGAAGAUGGCGAUGCCAAUUUAAUGCACAAAGCCAGUUCCUGUAAUGAUGUCAUAGCACCAGUUUCUGAGGGUGAUCUGGACAAAAGAGAUGAAUGGGAUAGAUACACUACUGAUCCUGGGAAAUUAGAGAUUUCUACAGGAAAAGAGGACUCCAUGAAUUACUCUGCUUCUGUUGUUUCCCUUGUAGAUGAUGCAUUAGAGUUGGACUUGAAGGGAAAAAUGUCUCUUUCUGGUGAAGCUUUAGAAAUUUCCCAACAAAGAGAAGAUGUUACUCAAAAACUCAUUCCAUCUGCUCUUGAAAAAUCGUCAAGCUCUUCUCAUAGAUUCAAUCGAACUUCACCUGUUGAGGUGCUCAACAAAUCUUUACAUGACGGUGUUGAUGCUAAUAGGCGGUCCAAGUUUUGCAUUGCUGAUGAUAGGCUGCUUUCUUCUAAAGCUCAUCCUAAUAUGAAAGCUCCUCACUCAUCCAAUGUCCUUAAGAAAGGAAAGGUUAAAAGUAAUUCCCCAAAUGCUUGCAAAGUUCAGAUGUUAACAAAAAAAUCUCAAGUGCUUCAUAUGAAGCCCAAAAAAGCUAUAGAAGGCUCUUUUGCUAGCCGUUUCGAUGAAGUUGAGGAGAAACUUAAUGAUUUGCUUGAUGAUUAUGGGGGAAUAAGUAAGCGGAAAGAUGCCCCAAAAUUCUACUUAAAGCUUUUAUAUCAUACUGCCAAAUCAGGUGAUAGUGUCAAUGGUGAACCUAUUCAGAGAAAUCGAGAUCUUUCAAUGAUUCUUGAUGCUCUUUUGAAAACAAAAUCAAGGCUGGUGUUGACUGAUAUAAUCAACAAUAAUGGUUUGAGAAUGCUACACAAUAUAAUGAAGCAGUACAAAGCAGACUUUAAAAAGAUACCUAUUCUUCGGAAGCUUCUCAAGGUCCUGGAGUAUUUGGCAGUCAGGGAGAUUAUUAACUGUAGACAUAUCAGCAAAGAUCCUCCUUGCCCUCAAAUGGAGAGUUUUACGGAGUCAAUUCUGUCACUGACAGAGCACGGUGAUAGACAGGUCCAUCAGAUUGCACGGAAUUUCCGUGACAGGUGGCUUAGAAAACUAGGUAGAAAAGUUACUCAUAUAGACAGGGACGAAAACAAGACCGAACAUUCUAGGAGUUCCAGAUUUUCUGUCUCACAGAACGAUUGGUCCGACUGCAACAGGUUUUCUGUCUCACAGAAUGAUUGGUCUGAUCAUGCCGGGAGACCUUCAGAAGCAUUUGAUUGUGUCAAGCAACCGGUCGUUGCUUCAACCUUGGUGAGUGCAGGCAUUCAGGAGGGAUCAUCUGCAUCACAUACAGGUGUUUGCCCCAUCAGUGGGACAAGAACUCGCAAGCGUAAAAGCCGAUGGGAUCAGGUAUCAUGGGAGUAUCCAGUAGUGACAAAUCAAGAUUCUAGUUCUCUUCAGCACAAGGAACUGAAUGUGGAGUCCAAAGGGCCAGAGUCUAGCUCAUUACCCCAGACGAGCACAGAGGACAAAGAUGUUUCUGGCUGCACAAAUGAUCGAUAUCAGCUUCAUAAAGUCGAUAUUGCUCAUGAUGUAAAACAGAAUACCGGGGAUGAUGUUCCACCAGGGUUCUCGUCUCCCAUUACGCCUACUAUGGGACUGUCACUUGGUCCCUCGAUGGUUUGUAAUUUGCAGUGUCCUCCCGACACUGCUGUUGGGCAUCCACAGGAGAAAUUUCUCUCUCGCUCACCUGUUUCAUACGGAGUUCCUCUGUCCAUUAUACAGCAAUUUGGUCCACCUGAAACUGUGGGAAGCUGGGUUGUUGCUCCUGGCAUGCCUUUUCAUCCGUUUCCACCAUUGCCCCCACUUCCUCGUGGUAAGAAAGACUCUUCGCCUUCUGAGAAUGGACACUGUCUGUCAAUUAAUCAACCUGCGGAAAAGCAACAGGACGGUGAGCUUCCUCCGACUCACACGAACGAUAGCACUCCUAGCACUACUGGUAGCCUAUCAGGUGCGGACAUUUUGUGUACAGACAAUCAACAUACAUUCAAACGAGGUAGAGAAUGGUCACAAGAUUUGGGAAGAAGAUAUUUUAAACAGCAGAAAUGGAAUAGCAUAAAACACGGAUCCCCGGGCCACUUGAAAAGGAAUGACACCGUAAGCUCAAAAGGUGUUACAAACUGCGUAAGUAUAGGAGACAUAACAAGCGAGCUUAGAAGUACAUAUUGUUCAGAAAGUUUAGGCUGUGGUGUGGAGAAAGCUGGUAAUAAUUGUCAUCAGCAUCCAGAGAACCACAGUCAACAUUGAUUUACUUGUUUCCUUUCUUUCAUUACAUGUAUUUCCAAUUCUUUCUGUUUUCUGUUUUCUUGUGGGUUUCAUUUUGAAUGAAAAUUGCAUCCGAUAUUGAAUUGAUAUGGAAAAUACCAACACUCAAAAAAAUAGGCUUCUCCUCCCAUACGGUGACUCUGAAAUGGAAUAUUAUUGGUCCAUCUUGUUGCCUAGAAUGCAGGCUUUCUUAUUUAUUUAAUUAUUUAAUGUAUCAGCUGAAGUAACUAAUGAGUAAUGACACAUCAUUUUUCUCUUUUCUUAAUGAUAAGCUAAUAAUUGGCCAAGUUUUCAGUUCUUUA